UUUUGCAGGCGGCUGCCGCGGGGACCCAAGGCGGCGGCAGGCACUGCGGCGCGAGCGGUGCGAUCGGCGGGACGCGAGCCCAGCGAGCUGCAGGCAGGUGAGAAGAGAUGACAGUAACCUCCGUCUAAAAAUCCAGCGUUCCAGGUGCUGACAAGCUGCCUUUGGUCUUAAACUCCUGGCUUGACGAAGCCUUCCCUGUAACCACUCCAGGCUAACCGUUGUGUAGGUUGCUCAGCCUUCCUUGAUGAUGGGUAUCGGCAAGAACACGGCAUCCAAAUCAGUGGAGGCUGGGGGCUCCACAGAAGGCAAAUAUGAAGAGGAGGCGAAGCACUCCAAUUUCUUUACCCUCCCGGUGGUGAUCAAUGGUGGGGCCACAUCCAGCGGAGAGCAGGACAAUGAAGACACUGAGCUCAUGGCAAUCUACACCACAGAGAAUGGCAUUGCAGAGAAGAGCUCUCUUGCAGAGACCCUGGACAGCACUGGGAGCCUGGAUCCCCAGAGGUCGGAUAUGAUCUACACGAUAGAAGAUGUCCCUCCCUGGUACUUGUGCAUAUUCCUGGGAUUGCAGCACUACCUGACGUGUUUCAGUGGCACAAUCGCCGUGCCCUUUUUGCUGGCUGAUGCCAUGUGCGUGGGGGAUGACCAGUGGGCCACCAGCCAGCUCAUCGGGACCAUUUUCUUCUGCGUGGGAAUCACUACAUUGCUGCAGACGACAUUUGGAUGCAGGUUACCCCUGUUUCAGGCCAGUGCUUUUGCAUUUUUGGCCCCUGCUCGAGCCAUCCUGUCUUUAGAUAAAUGGAAAUGUAACACCACAGAGAUUACAGUUGCCAAUGGAACGGCAGAGCUGUUGGAACACAUCUGGCACCCCCGAAUCCAAGAGAUCCAGGGGGCUAUCAUCAUGUCCUCACUGAUAGAAGUGGUCAUUGGCCUCCUUGGCCUGCCUGGGGCUCUGCUGAGGUAUAUUGGACCCUUGACCAUCACACCCACUGUGGCCCUCAUUGGCCUCUCUGGUUUCCAGGCAGCAGGAGAGAGAGCCGGAAAGCACUGGGGCAUUGCCAUGCUGACAAUUUUCCUAGUGUUACUCUUCUCGCAAUAUGCCAGAAAUGUUAAAUUUCCUCUCCCAAUUUACAAAUCCAAGAAAGGAUGGACGGCAUACAAGUUCCAACUUUUCAAAAUGUUUCCUAUAAUCCUGGCUAUCCUCGUGUCCUGGCUGCUCUGCUUCAUCUUCACGGUGACUGAUGUCUUCCCUUCCAACAGCACUGACUAUGGCUACUAUGCACGCACAGAUGCCAGGAAGGGUGUACUUCUGGUAGCCCCAUGGUUUAAGGUUCCAUACCCAUUUCAGUGGGGGAUGCCCACCGUCUCUGCAGCUGGCGUCAUCGGCAUGCUCAGUGCUGUCGUCGCCAGUAUCAUCGAGUCCAUCGGCGACUACUAUGCCUGCGCCAGGCUUUCCUGUGCCCCGCCACCACCUAUCCAUGCAAUAAACAGGGGUAUUUUCGUGGAGGGUCUUUCCUGUGUUCUUGAUGGCAUAUUUGGUACCGGGAAUGGCUCUACCUCUUCCAGUCCCAAUAUUGGAGUUUUGGGAAUUACAAAGGUUGGCAGCCGCCGGGUGAUCCAGUAUGGUGCAGCUCUCAUGCUGGGCUUGGGCAUGGUUGGCAAGUUCAGCGCCCUCUUCGCCUCCCUCCCAGACCCUGUGCUCGGAGCCCUCUUCUGCACACUCUUUGGAAUGAUCACAGCUGUCGGCCUCUCUAACCUGCAGUUCAUUGACUUGAACUCUUCCCGGAACCUAUUUGUGCUUGGAUUCUCCAUCUUCUUCGGUCUUGUUCUUCCAAGUUACCUCAGACAAAACCCUCUGGUUACAGGUAUAACAGGAAUUGAUCAAGUACUAAAUGUUCUUCUCACCACUGCUAUGUUCGUAGGAGGCUGUGUGGCUUUUAUUUUGGACAAUACCAUCCCAGGUACCCCAGAGGAAAGAGGAAUCAAGAAAUGGAAGAAGGGCGUGAGCAAAGGAAGCAAGUCUCUGGACGGCAUGGAGUCCUACAAUCUGCCAUUUGGCAUGAACAUUAUUAAAAAGUACCGAUGCUUCAGCUACCUGCCUAUCAGCCCCACCUUUGCCGGCUACACAUGGAAAGGCUUUGGGAAGAGUGAGAACAGCCGGGGUUCAGACAAAGAUUCCCAGGCCACAGUAUAGCCUUUGCUGUGCCCUGUGGCCUGGCCACAGUGAGGCAUGUGUCUGUAGUUCCUUGAGAAUAACAAGAAGAUAUAUGUUUGUAUAUCUACAU